AUGAGAGCCAAAACACCUAAAGACUACUCUUUGAAUAAUAUUAAUAAGUGUUAGCCUGGACCAGCCGAUUAUGAGAGCUAUAGUACUCUUGAUAUGUCUAGAAAUAAGGGAAUACUGAUGAAUUCUAGGUUUUAAGGAGCGACUGGAGGGGUAAUUUCAAGAUCUGGCAGAAGAGUCGACAAAGAUAGUUUCAUGAUGAAUGGUUGGAUUGAUAACCCAGGACCAGGAAACUAUGAUAAUAAUUUGGAAUUUAAUAAAAAAGGGAGCUAUAUCUUCUGCAAGUGGAAAAAUAGCGGAGCUCCUAAAUUUGAUAGAGCCUCAAGAAAUAUUAAUCUGGACAAAUCUGUCACAAGGAAAAUAACACCAGGACCAGGGGCAUAUAGAGCCACAACAGAAUUCGGCUUUGUUGAAAACACAGCUGAAUCAAAUCCAUAUCAGACAAUACAGUCUAGACAUUCUGUUUAGAGAAACUAAAUAUCAACUAUCUAAUGA